GGAAGACAGAAAUAGCGGGGAAAAAGAUUGCGGUCGAUCUAUCGCGGCCGUUUCGCCAUUGUUUGUCAAUCUCGAUCGUUACGUGAGCGUUUAUGCCGAGCGUGACAUCUAACGAGGAUGCAGGUCGGAAGACGAGAGAUAGAUAGUUAACGCGAGCUAGUCGAGAGCGGUUCGCGACGAGUCGAAGGAGGUAGCUCGAUUUAGUCCUCGAGAAUGAUCACUGCCGAUCGAAGCUUAUGGUUUUUGCUCCUUCUCUCGACGAAGCUGCCCGAGACUCGAUCAUGGUCGGAAACUUCUCGCGAUUGCGCGCCCUCCGAAUCGAAUUUCGGGCGUACAUCUGGAUCGAGGGUGUCAGAGACGGAAGACGAUCUCGCUCCGACGCUGCUCGAGGAACUCGAGAGUCGUUUGUCGCGUCUCGAGAGAAGACUCAGGGCCGUCGAGCAACCUGUUUGGCAGAUGGGCGUGACCGAAGAAGACUGGGAGAUUUGCGCGGAGGGACCGUGCAGAUGUCAGCCGGAAAUGAAAACUGUGUCCUGUUGGCGGCAAGAGUUGUUGGACCUUCCUGCCGCGCAGCUUGUUCCGAGGGACGUCUUAAAGUUAGAUCUGGGUGGGAAUCGAUUGACGGCACUCCACAGGGAUACGUUCCUGGAUAUGACUCGACUGAAUCACUUAGACCUCAGCGACAAUUCGAUCGAACACCUUCCCUUGAAUCUGUUCUUCUCGCUGCAUGCCGUCACGCACGUCAGAUUGAGCAAGAACAUGCUCAGGGAGCUGCAUCGGUCUCAAUUUCUGAACAUGCGAAAUCUGCGCAUUCUCGACGCGUCUUCCAAUAGAUUAAGAACUCUGCCGGACAGCCUCUUCUUGAGCACCACUUCGAUGAUGAUGCUCGAUCUUUCCUGCAAUCGCAUCACGAGCUUAGCAUCGGGAACAUUUCACGGUCUAACGACGCUCGAGGAACUUUUGCUGGGAAAAAAUCGUCUCUCGACUUUGGCGAUCGACUUGUUUAGCGAUUUGGUCAACCUAAAGUUUCUUCGUCUAGAAGAGAACCGAUUGAAGGAUCUACCGGACGAGGUGUUCCGGAGUCAAACAUCGCUUCGGGAACUGAACGCGAGAGGCAAUCAGCUCGCGACGAUAUCCGAUGGUUUGCUGCUUCCUCUCCAACAGCUACAGUCUCUCGAGAUGUCGAACAACAAGAUAACUCGGAUCGACCCGUCCGCCUUUCAAGGAUUGCUCGCGCUAGAAGAGCUUCAGCUAGGCCAUAAUCAAAUAAAAACCUUGACGCCAGGACUGUUCUCAACGACCGGGUCUUUGAAGCGGCUGGUGAUUUACUCCAAUGGCAUAGAAAGCCUAUCGCGUGGCGUUUUUCGUGGGCUAACCAACUUGACAUCUCUGUUUCUGCACUCGAAUCAUCUGAGAAUACUGCAUCCUGAGCUAUUCCAGGACACGCCCAAUCUACGGAAACUGCAACUGGAAUCCAAUUACCUGUCCUCGUUACCGCCGCGAAUACUGGACCCCGUACCCCACAUCGAGCAGCUCCGGCUUGCUAGGAAUCCUUGGCAUUGCGAUUGCGCAGCCUCCUACCUGGCCAUGUGGUUGCAGAAAAAGUACCUAGCCUGCACGAAUGGCUCCUCGGACGCGACGGAGAACGUGGGCGCCUGGGAAUUUGGUGCUGGAGCGAUAUGCAGGGGUCCCGGCACUUUGGGAGGAAAGUCGUUGAUGCGUUUAACGUUCCACGAGCUCUGCGAGGGUCAGUGGGCCUCGAUGAGAGGUCUAGCCCCGCGAAUCCCCGUCGACCACGUCGGGGGUAACAGCGGUCAGCCUCCCGGUCCUCCUGGCCCACCACACGAUUUCCCAUCGAAAGACUCUGUCUCGGGACAGUAAUGCCGCGCGUAGCGUUAAAAAAUCGUCAAUGAACAACACGCAAAUCACGGGUAGAAAAUUUGUUCUCGGUACUGGUGAACUGAUACGAACCGCUCGACAAGAACAGCCGAAAAAAACAAAUAGUGGCGGGGAUGAGUCCUGAUCGCGAAUUCGAACAACAAACUUUUAUUAAUAUACCAGAGAUUAUCGUAUCCACGUACCGUAUUCGCUGUUCGCUCGCUUGCUUCGCAGCGAUAACAAAGUUCUACGUCUCGGUUCGUUUGUGUUUUGUUUCGAUGACAAGUUUUUUGAAGCGUAUACGGAGACAGAGGGCAGUCGAGCGUGAAAUAUUGCCAGCGGAUAACGUCGUUAUCGCUGUUUAAAGUUUUAAAGAAAUUUAUUUCUCGUUGCCGAUGCCGGUUCA